AGCAAAAAAUAAAGAAUGAAGAAAUCAGAUGAUCAUCACCUAGCAUUUGAUUCAAAAAUGGAGCCACUACACAAAAGAAGUUCUGAUCAUCAUAAACCCAAGCCUCACUCAGAUCAUCGUCACCACUCACUUGAGGAUAAUGGAGGUUACUGCAAACGUGGUCUGUUACUGCUGGUGAUUCUAGUUGCUUUAUUCGUGAACAUUCCGAUUCUGGUUUUUAUCUUCAGGCAAUAUAAAGUCUCCCCCUUCUUCAAUGGCUUCUCGGCUGUGCUUCCCAGCACGCCACCAAAAGCUGCAGAUAAGCUACUAGGAGGUCUUCUCCUUCCUGGAUUUGAUGAAAAAUCGUGUCUGAGUAGGUAUGAAUCAGUGCUGUAUCUUAAGGAACUAAAGAGCCGGCCUUCUUCUUAUCUCAUCUCCAAGCUACGAAGCUAUGAAGCUCUUCACCGGCGAUGCGGACCAUAUACAAAAUCAUAUAACAAAACAGUGGAACUCAUGAAGUCCGGUGAACGGCCGUUUCCCGACACAGGCUGUAAGUAUGUGAUUUGGAUACCUUUUAACGGUUUAGGAAACAGAAUCCUGUCUUUAACUACCGCUUUCCUGUACGCAAUUGUCACCAACCGAACGGUUCUUGCUUCUCCGAUGGAUCACAUUCCGGAGCUCUUCUGCGAACCCUUCCCCGGAACUUCCCUGUUUCUCCCGGAGGAUUUUCCGGUAACCGGCGAUGAGUUAAAUGGAUUUGAUCACAACUCCAAAAGCUGUUACGGGAAUAUCGUGUCGAAAAAACUGAUUGACAUGUCCAAUGUGUCGCAAUUGCCGCCUUUUAUCUACCACAAUCUGUACCAUAACAAAGAUCGUAACGAUGAAUUGUUCUUCCAGGAUGAACACCAAAUGUUUCUGCAGAAAAUUCCGUGGCAGAUUAUAAAGACAGACGAGUAUUUCGUCCCGUCUCUUUUCACCAUGCCAUUGUUCCAGAAAGUUCUGGAAAACAUGUUUCCCGACAGGGAAUCCGUGUUCCACCUCCUGGCACGCUACCUGAUUCAUCCCACGAAUCCUGUCUGGGACCUCAUUACCAGAUUCCAUGAAGCUUACCUCACCGGAGCCGAUGUGAAGAUCGGGCUUCAGGUUCGGGUGUUCGAGGGUUCAAGCCCGUUUCAGCACAUCUUAGAUCAGAUACUAUCAUGUACGAUGAAGGAGAACAUACUCCCACAAAUCAAUCCAAAAGAUCCCGGCCGGCCUGCCAUAAACAGUGGCCCUAUUUGGAACAACAAGACAAAAGUUGUGCUGAUCACAUCCUUAAGUUCCUGGUACGCCGAUAGGAUUCGAGACAUGUAUUUGCAGAAUCCAACGUUGACCGGCGAGGUGGUCCGAGUUCACCAGCCCAGCCACGAAGAAGAGCAGAAAUGGCAGCAAACGUUGCACUACUCGAAGGCGUUGGCGGAGAUGUAUCUUCUGGCGAUGAGUGAUAGAUUGGUUACGAGUGCAUGUUCCACUUUUGGGUAUGUAGCUCAGGGUUUAGGAGGUUUGCAUUCAUGGCUAAUGUUCGAGCCGCAUAACCGGAAAGUUCCAGAUCCGCCAUGUCAACGCGCCACCACCAUGGAUCCUUGCUAUCUUCUCCGACCGGUCGAUAUCUCCAAGACGCCGCUUCUUAAUUACACAAGGCCUUGUGAAGAUAGAGACAGGGGUCUUAAGCUCUUCCCGGUUUAACCGAAUAAGAUUUUAACAUUCUAUUUUACUUCAAUUUUAUUCUCUAGUUUUCAUUUUCCACUUUACGUUUUUUGAGUUAAAAAGAAUGUAAUAAUUGCUAAGUGCUAAUAAAUACAUUUUCUAUUUU